AGAGUAGUAUUGACAAAUUCAUAUGUGUAUACUGAUUGAGAAGGUGAAAAUGAAAUCUUAAAAACGCAAAGUAAUCAAAGAAUAUAAUUAUGCUUCUGUAUUGAUAACAUUACAAAACUCUUCGCGAUUAACCAAAGCUAUCAACACUUACGGUAUCUAGUCUUAAAGUUAAUACAAUAGUGAAAGUUUACGUAAUAUAGUUUGCGAGUUAAUAAAUUGAGCAAAACAAUGGAUUCGUGUCUUGGUGUUGAACAAGAUUUAGACAAAGCUACGACGAAAUUUACGGGCAUAAGUGAUCAUACAAACAAAGUCCUGCAAGAUUUGAUAGCUCAAGUGGAGAAUUUAAAACAGGAGAUAUCUCAACAUCCUGAAAAUGCUCAGCUGCCUGAAGACCAGGCAAUGAUAGUUAGUGAACUGGCGGCAACACUAAAGCAAACAGUGUUUCAGAUGUCUACGGAGCAUCGCGAGUUACACGCAACAGUGUCUCGUGUUGGUAAAUCAAUAGACAGGCAUUUCAUAGCUGAUUAUGCCUCUGUUGCACCCAAAGCUGAAUCUUUUUGCAAUGAUACCAACAGACCAAUUAUGGAACAGGCUAUCGCUCAGCAUUUGUACAGACAGGGGCUAGAAGAAGUCGGCGACAUAUUCGUGUCCGAGGCGCAGAUCCCGCCGGUGGAGCGCACGUGCACGUUCGCGCAGCUGCAGCGCUGCGCGGCUGCGCUGGCGGACGGCGAGCCGGCGCUCGCGCUCGACUGGGUCGAGAAGCGCAGCCAGGAGCUGGCGCACUCGCCGCUGCCCUUCACUCUGCACAGGAUGCAGGCGUUGAAGCUGUGCCGCGAGCAGGGCGUGGCGGCGGCGAUCGAGUACGCGCGGCGGCAGUUCCCCGCGCACGCGGCGCGCCACGAGCGGCAGCUGCAGGCGGCCGUGUGCGCGCUCGCCUGGUGCGCGCCCGCGCCGCCCGCGCCGCCCGCCGCGCCCGCGCCGCCGCCGCCGCCGCCGCCGCCGCACUACGCGCACCUGCUCGACCCCAAGGCGCUGGGGCUGGAGGCGUCGGAGCUGUUCAUCUCGGAGGCGUGCGCGGCGCUGCGGCUGGCGGCGCUGUCGCCGCUGGCGGGCGGCGUGGCGGCGGGCGCGCGCGUGCUGCCCGCGCUGCACGACAUCCGCGCCAAGAUGGCGCACCCGCACGUCAUCGCCGCCUGGGCCGACGACGAGCUGCCGCUCGAGGUGGAGCUGGGCGAGGACGGCGGCGGGUACCACUCCGUGUUCGCGUGCCCCAUCCUGCGCCAGCAGGCGUCCGACGCCAACCCGCCCAUGCGCCUGCUCUGCGGCCAUGUCAUAUCGCGGGACGCGCUCAAUAAGCUCGCUAUGGGCGUCAAAUUGAAAUGCCCCUACUGCCCCAUGGAGCAGUCGCCGGCUGAAGCUAGACAGAUCUAUUUCUCUUAAACUAGUGCAUUUCGAUAUUUUAGACUUUUAGACUUUGUUAAGUUAUACAACUCUAGGUGUAGUCUUCUCUUGAGUAGAAUAACGUGAUUAUUGUUUUUUAAAUAAAUUUGUUUUGUUGCAAUGGUGUACCUAUACGUGUAUCGGAGUUGAAAACGUUACGUUUUUAUUUAAAUUCCAAUGUAUUGACUUUUCUCGAUAUUUUGUAUGUUUUUCACGAAAAGAAGAAAAAGAAAUAAGUAACGAUACAGAUUAUUAAAAAAUGAAGUUCGGAUUAAAAAAAAGAAGAAAAUUUAUUUCAUGAUAAAAUUAACCAGACAGAGUAAUUUUUAUAAUUAUGCUGGUAAUGUUCUUGUAACAGUAGUAUGUCAUAGGGUAAAAAUUAGGUCGUUAGUUAGUGAUUAUGUAUUUCAACGCUCAAGCAAUUGGAAUACAAAACUCGAUUUUUAAAUUGACCUAUAUACUUUGUUUUUUGUUCGUGAACCGACUUCAAAAACGGAGGAGGUUAUUAAUUCAACUAUUUUUUUGUUUGUCAACACUAUAUACAUUUUAUUUCUCAAUAAUUUAUCUAAAUUAAUGAGCUGAACAAAACUUGGAUUUACUUUUAAUAAGUCGAAAAAACCUAAAGAGUUUUGUCACAGUAACCUUGCUAUUGGGUUAUAAUUAUGCUUUUAUAUAAAUAUUGGACAUUUAACAUUUUUCAUUAAAAGACGAAAAUAAAUUUUAUAUAAAAUACACAGAUUCUUUGCUGCUCGAUAAGAGAAUAAAAUUUACUACACAUUUUAAUCAUUCGUAUGCGUUAGAUUUUGUAUUUUAGCACAAAUUUAAAAACCCUUAAGUAAUUAGGUGAUAAUCUUUACACAUUGUUGCACAUGCAGAACUUCAAAUUCCUACAUAAUUUUGUUUUUUUUAAUCGUAAGGUAGCAUAAUUUAAUUUCUAUAGAAUUGUUGCUAUGAUCAAAAUUUAUUUAUACUUUUAUUUCAAACGUGUAUAGUAUUGUGUAAAAUAUUUAUAGAUGUGUUUUACUUGCAGUAAUGAUAGAAAUAAUAUUAUAGAUUUUUCUAAAUAAGACAGUUUAUUAACAAUAGAGUAGCAGUAUGAAUUUUCAUGUAAUAUUGAUGUCAAAUGAAUAUUAUCGUUAAUAGCAAUAGGUAAAAAUUUUUAUUCAUUAAACAUUUUAGUUAUAUGAAAAUGUAUUCUUAAUCGACUGGUUGUAGAAAACGAUCGUUUUUGUAAUAAAUAAUUACUAAAUUA